GCACCUCCUGAACGAUUGUCGAAAGCAGGACAGAAACCAGAGUCAAAACAGAACAAAACUGAUAAGAAAACGAAGAAUAUAAAAUUGAAAUUCCCACAAAGCACGGUGGGAUGUAAACAAAGCGGUAACAAGACUCCCUCAAAUGAAAGCCUCUCAAGUGAACACAAGGAUGGAAAGCCCACUGAUCGACCAGAGGAAGAUCAUGAUUGUAUUGAUGACAUCUAUGGAGAAACCGCAUCUCAAAACUCACAUUCUGAGGAUAAUAACUACACAGAGUUAGAUACCAGAUACACACCAGUACCACAACUUUAUGAAAAAUAUAUAACAGAGGCUCCUAAAGCCAAAGAGGUAAGCCCACUACCACCAAAAUUAAUAAUUUCCUGCAUGAGUAUGAAUGUUAGCUAAGCACGUUUUAUCCCAUCGUCCGCAUUUUAUCCCCUACUCCGCAUUUUAUCCAUGCGCAUCCGCGUUUAACCUUAUCCCGAAUUGGUUUGCAUGCGAAAUUUUACCUUCGCAUGUUUCCGACAAGUUCUAUUGUGGCAAUAAUGGCACUACAUGUAUACAAAAUGCAGGCAGGGCAUUAAUACAGCAACCUUUAAAGUACAAGUGUACGUUAGAGGUCCAAACUAAACGUUUUGCAUGUAAAACAACUAGAAAAAAGUUUUGAUUUUUAAUUGACAAAUUUCGAGGAAGAAACGUUGUGAAACCUAGUUUCAAAUGCACUCUUCACAGAAGCUCGCAAAAUGGUAAACAAACCAUGAAGUACUUUGUUUAUUAUAUGAAUCUACUUAGCAAUUAUGAGGAGAGAUAUUUAUAUCUGUCACAUUUCUUACGAAUCAAAUCGUUACGUGUUUAAAUCAGUUACACUAGGCCAAAAAAAAAAAUAUGUGGGUUUCCGGUUUCCCGACCCUACCUAGCUUUUGGACGUCGAAAUCCCGACCCUAAACUUUUUUAUUGGAUCAUGCUUGUAAGUGUUUCCACUUAGAGGAAAAAGUUUGUGGAAAAUUGAAAUUUUAGGCAAUAUUAGGGAAAUUUAUCUUUGGAUGUGGAAGCACCGACUAAACAAAAUGGCGUCCGGUUGUUCGGAAAAUUAAAAAAAAGUUUAAAAAAAAAGUUAAAACCGACCUACCCCACCUAAGUUUUUAUAAGAAGAAACCGGAAACCCACAUAUUUUUUUUUUGGCCCUAUCAAGGAAAUACGGUGGUCACACUGCCAUUGACUUCACCUUAUCUCUGCACAGAAAUCUCUAUACUUACUUAAUAAUAUUAUUUCUACACACAGACUACCAGCCUACCAUCAACACCACAGACCAUCAAACCACCACCACCAUUAUCAAUCAAGCCACCACCCCAAACCCAAGAAGACAAACAAGCAAUUUCUCGAUUUCCUCAAAACCUAUCAGGCGUAAGUGUUACUGACGUUGCAAAUACCACAAAGCAUAGUGGAGACAUUAUUUUGGGACACUCUAUAUAUUGUAAAUUAUAGGUAGAGUAGUUUAAAAUGUUGGUUCUGAAAUAAAAUUUCUUAUAGUAUAUCAAUUCAAACAUCCAAAUUAAAUAUUUUACGCUUUCUUUUAUUUAUUUUUAAAAGGCACCUCCUGAACGAUUGUCGAAAGCAGGACAGAAACCAGAGUCAAAACAGAACAAAACUGACAAGAAAACGAAGAAUAUAAAAAUGAAGUUCCCAUACAGGACGGUGGGAUGUAAACAAAGCGGUAACAAGACUCCCUCAAAUGAAAGCCUCUCAAGUGAACACAAGGAUGGAAAGCCCACUGAUCGACCAGAGGAAGAUCAUGAUUGUAUUGAUGACAUGUAUGAAGAAAUUGGAUCUCAAAACUCACAUUCUGAGGAUAACUACACAGAGUUGGAUACCACAUACACACCAGUACCACGACUUUAUGAAAAAUAUAUAACAGAGGCUCCUAAAGCCAAAGAGGUAAGCCCACUACCAUCAAAAUUAAUAAUUUCCUGCAUGAGUGUGAAUGUUAGCUAAGCACGUUUUAUCCCAUCGUCCGCAUUUUAUCCCCUACUCCGCAUUUUAUCCAUACGCAUCCGCGUUGAACUUUAUCCCGAAUUGGUUUGCAUGCGAAAUUUUACCUUCGCAUGUUUCCGACAAGUUCUAUUGUGGCAAUAAUGGCACUACAAGUAUACAAAAUGCAGGCAGGGCAUUAAUACAGCAACCUUUAAAAUACAAGUGUACUUUAGAGGUCCAAACUAAACGUUUUGCAUGUAAAACCAGAAAAAAGUUUUGAUUUUUAAUUGACAAAUUUCAAGGAAGAAACGUUUUGAAACCUAGUUUCAAAUGCACUCUUCACAGAAGCUCGCAAAUGGUAAACAAACCAUGAAGUACUUUGUUUAUUAUAUGAAUAUACUUAGCAAUUGUGAGGAGAGAUAUUUAUAUGUCACAUUUUUUACGAAUCAAAUCGUUACGUGUUUAAAUCGGUUACACUAUCAAGGAAAUAUGGUGGUCACACCGCCAUUGACUUCACCUUAUCUCUGCACAGAAAUCUCUAUCCCUACUUAAUUAAUAAUAUUAUUUCUACACACAAACUACCAGCGUACCAUCAACACCACAGACCAUCAAACCACCACCACCAUUAUCAAUCAAGCCACCACCCCAAAUCCAAGAAGACAAACAAGCAAUUUCUCGAUUUCCUCAAAACCUAUCAGGCGUAAGUGUUGCUGACGUUGCAAAUAUCACAAAGCAUAGUGGAGACAUUAUUUUGGGACAUUAUUGUAAAUUAUAAAUUAUAGGAAAAGUAGUUUAAAAUGUUGGUUCUUAAAUAACAUUUCUUAUAGUAUAUCAUUCAAACAUCCAAAUUAAAUAUGUUACGCUUUCUAUUAUUUAUUUUAAAAAGACACCUCCUGAACGAUUGUCGAAAGCAGGACAGAAACCACAGUCAAAACAGAACAAAACUGACAAGAAAACGAAGAAUAUAAAAAUGAAGUUCCCAUACAGGACAGUGGGAUGUAAACAAAGCGGUAAGAAGACUCCCUCAAAUGAAAGCCUCUCAAGUGGACACAAGUAUGAAAAGCGCACUGAUCGACCAGAGGAAGAUCAUGAUUGUAUUGAUGACAUGUAUGAGGAAACCGCAUCUCAAAACUCACAUUCUGAGGAUAACUACACAGAGUUGGAUACCACAUACACACCAGUACCACGACUUUAUGAAAAAUAUAUAACAGAGGCUCCUAAAGCCAAAGAGGUAAGCCCACCACUACCACCAAAAUUAAUAAUUUCCUGCAUGAGUGUGAAUGCUGGCUAAACACGUUUUAUCCCCUCGUCCGCAUUUUAUCCCCUAUUCAUUUUUGAUUGACAAACUUCGAGGAAGAAACGUUUUGAAACCUAGUUUCAAAUGCACUCUGCACAGAAGCUCGCAAAUGGUAAACAAACCAUGAAGUACUUUGUUUAUUAUAUGAAUAUACUUAGCAAUUAUGAGGAGAAAUAUUUAUAUCUGUCACAUUCCUUACGAAUCAAAUCGUUACGUGUUCAAAUCAGUUACACUAUCAAGGAAAUAUGGUGGUCACACCGCCAUUGGCUUCACCUUAUCUCUGCACAGAAAUCUCUAUACUUAAUUAAUAAUAUUAUUUCUACACACAGACUAUCAGCCUACCAUCAACACCACAGACCACCAAACCACCACCACCAUUACCAAUCAAGCCACCACCCCAAACCCAAGAAGACAAACAAGCAAUUUCUCGAUUUCCUCAAAACCUAUCAGGCUUAAGUGUUGCUGACAUUAGUAGACUGCUUGGGCAUUUAAAUUUGGGUGACUACGUACAGACAUUUGCAAAUUAA